UGUUCUUCAGCCAGGAUGACUCUGCAAUGGACAGCAGUUGCGGUCUUCCUCUAUGUGGAAAUUGGAGUUCUUGUCAUCCUCUGUUUACCGUUUAUAUCGGCCAGAAGAUGGCAGACUAUUUUCAAGCUGGGCAUUUGGAACAAAAUGGCCCCGUUCUGGAACAAAGGAUUCCUAACGAUGAUUAUAGUCCUUAUUGUUCUCUUCCUUGAUGCUGUGAGAGAAGUGAGGAAGUACACCGGGGCACAGCAGAGCAAAGACCCCAAGCUGCACCCUAACAUAUUCGACCACAUGCACAUGAAGCUCUUCCGAGCCCAGAGGAACCUCUACAUAUCGGGCUUCUCGCUCUUCCUCUGGUUGGUCAUGCGGCGCAUCAUUACUUUGAUAAACCAGUUGGCAACAGCCACAGCAGCAGUGGCGGUGUUACAAAAUCAAGUUGAGAGCACCAACCAGGCAGCCAUGAAGUACAUGGAAGACAAUGAGCAUCUGAAGAAGGCUCUGCAUGAAGGCGGUACUGGGAAAGACCCCGCAGGGGGCAACGAGGGGCUGCGGAAGGAAGCUGAGGAGCUGACAGAGCAGCUGAGGCUUUCAGAGGAUGGUCUGAAGAAGUCUCAGGCAGAGUUGGAGGCCAUGCGGCGACAGAAGGAGAACCUCACCCUGGAGUACGACCGUCUGCUGCAGGAGUUCCAGAACCUCCAAGAAAGAAGUGGUGAGGACAAGAAGGAUCAGUAGGUGUUGAAAUGUGCUGUUUGUUGCGGUUACACACUGUACAGAGAAGAGGCAGCAUGACCUCUUCAGCCUAAAAAGUCUUCAUUACGUUAAAGAACUCUUCAUGUGUAUACAGAUAUAACCAAAAUAUAGCAGCUUAUCAACAUACAAUCACAGUUCUGGUUGUAGUCGUUCAUAAUUUAUUUUGUUUGUAGCUUCCAAAGACUACUAAAUAAGAUUAAGGUUAAUUUUUAACUUAAGUCUUGGGAUUAUUUCCUGGUGUGGAUCUAGUCACAGAGAAAUACAUCUUCAGUACUUAAUAUUUUAUUCUUUGAACGACAUUAAAAUGGAAAGUACCGCAUUUCCUCAAUCUCAAGACGCACAUUUUUUUUUUUUUUUCUUCAAAUUGAAUUUAAAGUUAGGAUGUGCGUUACAAUCAAUGGCGUCUUAAAAUUGCUGACAUAAUGAAAGGAAACUCCAUUUAUUGCUUCACUUCUUGGUAGUAAAAUGCAGGUAAUUUCCUUAGGGUUAGGGCCUUUUGUUUUCUCUUAGUGUUAAUUAGUUUAUUUUAAUUUGGUUAUUUUAAUGUUUUUAUUCAAAUUCCUUUUGCAUUUGCACUGUAGGUUACUGUUAUCCAUGUUUUAUCUAUUGGUCAUUAUUUUCACAAAUCUUUAGCUGCAGCCCAGACAUCAAACUCACUGUGAAAUCCCAGUGUUCCCCCCACCUGUUGGGUCUGGACUCACAGCUCUGAUCCUCUGACAAAUGAGUUUGUUGUGCAGAGGUUCAGACCCCCUGUUGAGCUGAUGCUCUUGCAGAAUUUGGAAAAGGCAUCUUCCAUGUUUCGAACCCUGCCAGAGAACCGCCAGCACACAGUGAAGUCGCAAGCAGAGUAAAGAAAGGUCACGCAGUAAAUACAGAGACGUCCACACUACCACAGAAUUAAGUUCAUGUUACGCAUCUGUAUUCACAUUACAGCAUCCACCUUCUUCAGUUUGUGACAAAUAAGUUCUAAUAACCUCAAUACAUAUUUACUGUAUGAUACAAUAUACCAAGAGGCACUUCCAGUAAUUCUGGCAAUAAAGGAGCUACAGUAUAGUGUCUAAAUUACAAAAGAAUGGUAAAAAUAAAUAGUUUAAAAGACUUUUUGUUGUCAU